AUGGGUGAACUGGUCCGGACAGGAGGUUGGUCCACGGGCGACUGGACACUCGCGGAGGCAGAAGACACGGGAACCCGGUCAGCGUGGGCCGGAUGGAAGGCUGUCAUGAAAAAAUCUUCCUCACCGACCACCUCUCCCUCUUGGGAGGGUGAACCAGGCCGACUUCAUUGGGAUUGGCUGAUGAAGCUGUCUACGAGGCGGUGGCAUCACGCCUGUCUCCAGACAACGCACUCAGUACUGGGCUAUAAGGCAGGCCGGCCAAAAUGUUGCCCAAUCCCGACACCCGCUCUGCCCCGUUCUCGAGGCCCUGGCACUUCUGCCUUCACAGACAGUCGAACUGAGUAUAUAAGGCCAAGGCGAGUGUGGCAACUGGAACCCUCGAGACGGGCGAAACCGAAAGGCAAUUCGGCCAGACACCGACGUUGCUGUAGCUCAGGAUAUAUACAUUUAACCACUUUAUUUGCUUCCGCUUCUCACUACCCAUGCUCGAGGUUACAACCCGGCUCAACGGCGACUCUACAACCGGGCAGAUACUGGGGCGGUGUGGCAGCCGGCCAAACAUCGUUUUGA